AUGUUUCCCUACAUUGCAGCACUACCGGCUACUACAAACGGCCAGGUGGAUUUGACGUCGUUUUGCCCCAACCUGGUGACAGAUGCCAUCACGUGUGUGCAGGCCAGCAUCACGGAAACAGCCAUCUCCAGCCUUGUGACGGAUCCGCAGGUGCUUCUAGAUGUUGACGGUCUUGUGAUAAACAACGCUGCGCUCAUCUGCCAGGCAGCAAACACGCCCCAACUUAAGGCGUUGUAUGACUGUGUCUUUGCAAAGCUGAUCCUCUGUCUCCCCGCCGCGUGGCAGCUCCUCUAUCCAAGUCUACCACAAGUCCAGCAAACUAUAGACUCCAUCUGUCAAAAUGUACAGAACAUAAACUUGACGUGUGUGGAGGAACCAUCUCGAUCGGCGGCAGUUGGUGCCUGUGUGAUGCAGGGUACUCCGCCUACCACACCUAGCCCCGCAGACCCUGUAGCGACAGUUGCCUUCCAGUGCAGCCAAACGGACUUGUCUGUGACCUGUACCGCAACUGCCUAUGCCACAUGUCCCGGGAACACGGCGGGAAUCUUGUCGCUCGCCGUCAAGUUGCAAAGUCCUUCUGGCUGUGCUACAGGCGAUAUGGUCCGCCCCGCUUUAACGCUGGUCCUCAUACCAGUGGCAGCUUGUGUAAUGUCCUUGUUGACAAAAGUUUUGAAGUAAACGUUUACUAUUAAAGAGACAGGAAGAAGACUACACGGAGUAAUCCAUGUCGAUAUAUUCUAUUAAAGAUCUGGAAACAUCUAGCAGCCCACAAGACAUGAACCCUGCAGCAUGGAGACACGCCAGAGAUGACAUUACUUAAUCCCUUUCGUUUGUUUCUUAUGAGCAAUCACUUGCAAACAGUACAGAAAAUAGCGUCAAAUAUGUCUUGCAUAAUGUUACGUUUUCAUGUCAGCUUGAGUGAGUCACGAUACGACACGGAUGUACUCAGUGCACCAUGAAAGUAUU